CGGCCAUGCACAGCUAGCCCCCGCCCGCGCGCCCAGCCGCCUCCCUUCACCCCCCGGGGCGGCGUCCCUGGGCCCCCCCGGCCAGCUGCUCCGAGUGGCUCAGACGCACGCAGGGGCUCAGCGCCGCGCUCGGGGCGCCCCAAGGAUGGAAGGGGGCGCGUAUGGAGCGGGCAAAGCCGGGGGCGCCUUCGACCCCCAGACCUUCUUCCGGCAGCCUCACACCGUCCUGCGGGUGCUCUCCUGGGUGUUCUCCAUUGUUGUCUUCGGCUCCAUUGUGAAUGAAGGUUACCUGAACAGCCCCACUGAGGUGGAGGAGCACUGUAUCUUCAACCGCAACCAUAACGCCUGCAACUAUGGCAUCACCGUGGGCGUCCUCGCCUUCCUCAGCUGCCUUCUCUACCUGGCUCUGGACGUCUAUUUCCCACAGAUCAGCAGCGUCAAGGACCGCAAGAAGGCAGUGCUCUCGGACAUCGGCGUCUCUGCCUUUUGGGCAUUCCUCUGGUUUGUUGGCUUCUGCUUCCUGGCCAACCAGUGGCAAGUUUCAAAGCAUGAGAACAACCCGCUGAAUGAGGGGGCAGAUGCAGCCCGAGCAGCCAUCACCUUCUCUUUCUUCUCCAUCUUCACCUGGGUGGGCCAGGCGUUUCUGGCGUACCAGCGCUACCGGAUUGGUGCCGACUCGGCCCUCUUCUCCCAGGACUACACGGACCCAAGCCAGGACUCCGGCCUGCCUUACGCCCCCUACACCAACGAGGACGAUGCCACAGACACGGUGGGGACGUACCAGCAGCCCCCUCCAGUAGACGCUUUUGACGCUGAGACGCAAGGGUACCAAACGCAGAACUACUGAGCUACACUGGUGUCCCUUCCCAUGCCCCUCCCCUCCGCCCCCUUCCCUCUGCCGGCGGGAGGCCGCGGCACAAAACAGACAGGUGUGUCCCAGCGCAACAGGUGGCCCUUGGCCAUGCUGCAGCCUUCUGGGCCAUUUGUUUUUAUUUUAUUUUUCUAAAAGAAAAAAAAAUCCCUAACGGCUCCUCCCUCCCUCUGAAUUGUCCACCAGACCCAAACUGUGUAUUCCCAAGUCUGUCCCUGUCCCGGCAAAAGCUCCCCUGGCAACGUGGGAGUGAGCAGCAGCUUUGGGCAAGAAUCCAGCUCAGUCUUUUGGUGGGCAGGGGAGGGUGACAAGGGCACCAGCACAGGAAGCAAAGGCCUAAGAGGUGGAGAUAACGGGGGAACCGCUCAAGCGGCUCUGGCGGGCGGAGGGAGAAGGUGGCACCUACAGUGUUGGAGCAGAUUGUGUGUCUGUGGGGCGGUGUGGGGAGUUGGAGAUGGCAGAGGAGUGUGUGAGGGAGGGAGAGGUCAGAGCAAGCAUGCAGGCGUACAAGGGUGGGGGGGCUGGAUGUGCAAGCAGCGGGGCAGAUCACAACCCUUUUGCCUCAUGGGGUAUUGCCCCCUCGGCAGUACAAGGCUGUAUGGGAAGUUAUUGGUGCUUUAUCUUCAGGGGUGUAGGGAGGAGUGGUAUUGAGGGUGGGGGAUGGGGGGUUGAGAGAAAAUGGGGUGAGGGGAGGAGUUUUGCAGGCACCAUCAAAACUACAAAGACAUUGGUAGAUUUUAAACCAAGAGAAUAAUCAGGACUGGACUGGAUGGGCUAUGUGGUGAGAAUCCCUCUUCCCCCAGGCGAUUGGAUUGGAGGUGUUUUCCCCAUCCCCAUGUAAGCACCCUUCUGAGGUUAACACUGUGUUCCACGAGGGAGAACCAGAACCAAGCUGCACCCUCAGGGUGGGGAAGAUGUCUUGAGAGAAACUCCUGAGAACUCCCUUCGUCCCUUGCUCCUUCUGCUUAGGGAUCACAACUGGCUUAGCACGGGAUGAGGAGGAAGGCACUGGGCUGAUUUGGGGAAAAGCCAGCUUCACACCAGCUGAAGGGGAACUUUGUCAGCCAACUCUGGGAGCCCUGUGGCCUUUGCCCAGAAUAAAGGUGCAGGACGAAAGGGACAAACGAGUGAAUUUCAUUUUUAUAGUCUUGUUGAAUCCACAUCCCUGGUGGAGUUAGAGAGAUUCCACCCUCUCUGUGCUCCUAGACUGAUCAUCCUGGGCAUCUGUGCCACGCUCCCUGGAGGCCAGAGAAACAGGGCAGGACUCCCAAUGGAGCUUCUCGCCCUGCUGGAAAGAAAUACUGCUGCUUUUCUACCAGCUGGUGUCUAGACAUUCUUAAGAGUGGGUGUAACCAAUGAGAAGGGCCCCAGCAGCUGGGCUCUUGUGUUUGCCCCAAAGUUAUCCUGGCUGAGACUGAUCAGGGAACCUAAGAGGGGUCUUUAAACAGCAGCUCUGCUAAAUGAAUGGGGAGCAUCUCCCCCUGCCCUUGCAAAAUCUGGAGGGGCUGUGCUGCACUCUCUUCCCACUGAAACAUGGUCUUUGUGUAUCUUACAGCUCUUCAGAGAUGUCAGUGCUCCAUCCUCAGCCCCUAGCUUCUGGCUUGUCUACACUGGGAAAUCGACGAAAAUAGUUAUUCCAGGAUAGCUCCCUGUGUGGACACUCUGUUCUGGAAUAAAAUAUGGUGUUUUUAAUCCCAGAAUCCAUACUCGGCUUUGGAAGUACACUAAUUAUUCUGGACUACAAGUGAUUUUUAUUCCAGAAUAGAGUGUCCACAGUGGGGAGCUAUUCCACAAUAACUAUUCUGGGCAAUUUCCCUGUGUAGACAAGCCCUAAGAAAAUGAGGCCAGGAACCAAAGCUAGGUAUCUCAUGGGUGUGCAGAAUAUUAACUCUUAGGCUACCACGCUUGAGCUGGGCAGAGCCCGCAGCCCCUAGGAUGGAGGGAUCAGGAGCAGAACCAGGGCAGGAUGAUAGUACACAGGGGUGCUAGGUGGCAGUGCAGAGCACUUACUGUUAGGACUCCUAGUUCCUGCCAGGCUUGGGAAUUGAACUUGGGUUGCCAGGAGGGCAGGACAAAAGAUCUAUGUCAGUGGUUUUCAACCUGUUGUCCGUAGACCCCUGAGGGUCCACAGACUAUGUCUAAGAUUUCAAGAGAAGUCUGCACCUCCAUUCAAAAUUUUUUUAGGGGGUCUGCAAAUGAAAAAAGGUUGAAAACCACUAAUCUAGGUUACAAGCUUCCUCUCCUGCCACACACCUCUCCCCAAAUGCGGGGGUAGGAGAAAUAGGGAGACGCUGCCCCAAAAUGGGGGGAGGAACUGUCUAGUGAGGAAUCCCCUCCUUUGUAUACAAUUAUACAGAUGUUUUUAUGUGCAGUGUCCAUCUUUAAAGGGCUGUUUCUCAGACCUGCCUAUGGAACUUCUACCUUUGGGCACUGAAAGCUGUUAUGGGAGGGAACUGAGACUCCAGCUAGGGUGACCAGAUCACCCAGGUCAAAUAUCGGGGGGCGGGGUGGGGGCAGAGGGGGGAAAAAUGGCGGCAGAGCAA